CUUGGUCAAAGCCAGCAGAUUGCGGCCACUUCAUGCCCAAAACCAAGUCCCCGACCUCGACCUGGAAGAAACAACCAGCGGACGGAGGCAGACACCAUUCCUUGACGGUCUCUGAAUUGUUCUUUUUCUACUUUCCCCUUUCAAAUCCCUUCUUAGUCUCGUCUACACUUCUUCAAGUGUACCCGCGCACGACACACUCCCACUCUUUUAAGACCUUUUUUUAACUGGGCUGCAUAGCUGUCCAGCGACGUGUCCGGAUCCGCGCGCAAUACUCCCACUCGGACUUGGAUCUUGACUUCACGACUGACCACCUCUCCAACACACACCAUACACAGCAACCCGACACCGACAUUCUAGAGCUCCAGAGCUCGUCGCUGCGCCCGUCAAGAUGAGUUCCGACUACUCGUACGACGCCGAGGCGCAAUUCUACCCCUUCUUCAUCCUCGCCAUCACCAGCAUCAUCACCUUGCCGCUCGGCUACACCCUCGUCUUCCCCUCCAAGGACAUUGAAGCGAAGGCCCCACGCAUCCAGAGCGACUUCAAGCCCGAGCAUGUCGAUCUCAUCGACAAGCAGCGCAAAGCGCACGAGAAGAAGCAGCGCCGCAUUGUGCGCGUCAUUGCCGUCCUCAUCGGCCUCGCUGUCAUGGCCGGCAUGAUCUACCUCAUUAUCCACACACAGAGCGUCACACAAAAGAUCUGGAACCCAUACGAUAUUCUCGGUAUCUCUGACUCUGCCGAUGAGAAGACAAUCAAGAAGGUCUACAAGCAGCUUUCAAGAAGACUGCACCCCGACAAGGUCAAGCCCGACCCGGCCAAGAACGAGACGAUCGAGUCCCUCAACAACGCCUACGUCGAGAUUUCAAAGGCCUACCAAGCCCUCACCGACGAGGAGAUCCGCAACAACUACAUCCAGUACGGCCACCCCGACGGAAAGCAGAGCUUCAGCAUCGGUAUUGCGCUCCCCCAGUUCAUCAUCUCGGACGGCAACGGCAAGUUCGUUGUCCUUGCCUACACACUCCUCCUCGGUGUUCUCCUGCCUUACCUGGUUGGUUCCUGGUGGUACGGAACUCAGCGCAUGUCCAAGGAUGGCGUGCUUCUCGAGAGCGCCAACAACCUAUUCCGCGCAUAUGACGAGAACGUUGACGAGGGUGGCGUUGUUACUGCUCUCAGCAGUGGCAAGGAGUUCGAUACUGUUCUGAAGGGCGACAAGGCCGAGUCUGGUCUCUCCAAGCUCGAGUCUAAGCUCCAGGCCAACGCCGAACAGGCUGGUGUCUCCCAAAAGGACAAGCAAGCUCUCGAGGACCUCGAUAGCGGGGUGCGCCGCAAGGCUUUGGCUCUCCUGAGAUCUUACCUCGGCCGUGUCGAGCUCGAGGACGCCGCCCUCGACAGCGCAAAGUACGAAGUUGCUCCCAUCGCCCACGCCCUCACCCGAUCCUUCUCUGCCAUCGCCCAAGCCUAUGGUAACACUGGUCCCAUUCUGGCCGCAUACUCUACCAGCCAGCACCUCAUCCAGGCUCUCCCGCCCAAGGCCUCUCCUCUCCUCCAGCUUCCUCACUUCACCCAGGACAUCGUUCGUCAGGUCGAGGGAGGCGACUCCAAGGUUCACAUUUCUCUUCAGCAGUUCAUGGAUCUGCCCGAUGAGCUUCGCAGAAACCUGGUGGUCCGCAACAACCUCCUUACCGAGGCCCAGUACAAGUCUGCCGUCAAUGUCGCUCAACAACUGCCCCAGCUCCGCGUUGCCAAGGCCUUCUUCAAGGUUACUGGCGAGCGAUUCAUCAUCCCUUCCUCUCUGGUUACCCUCGUUGUCAAGGGCCGCAUUAUCCCCCCUGGCAGCGAAAAUGUGCCCGAGGUCAAUGAGCUGGACCUGGAAGACAUUGACCCCGCCGAAGACGACCUUGAGGCCUACCUUGGCCGCAAGAAGAAGACUAUCAAGGGUCCCGACGGCAAGCCUAUCCCUGUUGACGACAAGCCUAUCCUGCCUCCUCUCGCCCACGCUCCUUACUUCGCCCGCGAUCACGCCCCCAAGUGGUACGUUUUCUUGACCGACUCGAAGCAGGGCAAGAUGGCUGUCCCCCCCUUCACCUUCACCCAGUUCGACCAGCCCAUCUUUGGCGACGACGGCAAGCCCACCUUCAACAUGCAAACCCUCAAGGCCCAAUUCGCCGCUCCUCCCCAGGCUGGUCACUACACAUUCGUUAUGCACGUCGUGUGCGACAGCUACGUUGGCUUCGAUACCAAGAUGGAGGUUACUCUCGUUGUCGAGGAGGCAAACAAGGCGGCAGCAAUGGUUGCCGAGGAUGAUAUCAGUGAGCCCGAUGAAGACUCGAUAGCCGGCCAGAUGCAGGCCCUCAAGGGCGGCAGCGUACCGGGCGCCACCAAGCCCCGCAGGAAAGAUGACGAUGACUCGGACGAGGAGAGUGGUACGGACGACGAUGUCCAGGACGACACGAGCGAGACGAAUACCGAUACAGAGGAUGAGUCAUGAAGCGACCAGGCCUUUUGAGCCUGAGUGGGUUGGUUGGUGGGUGGAGUGUAGGAGCUUGAUGUGUACGAAGCGAUAGAAGAAGAACGUUAGUUGCACAAAAGAAACAAAAAAGUGUAAAAAAAGACUCUCAAAAUAUACCCAAAGUCAGAACAUCAACUACACGGGCACACUUCAGAUAGGAGCGAGGGG